AUGCCACGUAGGCUUUAUAAUACUUUGGCAACAUACACUCAUAUAGUGAUAUUAUGUUUUUGUUGGUACAUAAUAUCAUCAUUUGGUUCGCAAGUAACUAAAAAAAUAUUGACAUUGUGCCCUUUACCUUUAUUUUUGGGUGAGUUCCAAUUUAUAUAUACUGCUUUAUUGGCAGUAAUCGUAUGUUUUAUAGCAAACAAGUUUCCAAGAUUUUAUAGUAUAUUUCCUGAAGGUACUUUCCCAAAAUAUUCAAAUAAUUUCUCAAAUGGUGACCAUCAAUCAUCGAUAAUUACAAAACCUUCAAAACACGUAUUCAAAACUGUUUUACCCUUAGGUUUAUUCCAAUUCGUUGGUAAAUUCUUUGGACAUAAGGCAACUUCGUUGGUACCGGUAUCAACUGUUGCAAGUAUUAAAACUCUUUCACCUGUUUUCAUCUUAUUGAUCCAAAAAGCUAUAGGUAUAAGCACCCUUCAAUUGAGCUCAGGUAUCUUUGGCAGUUUAGCCUCUUUGAUUGUCGGUGUUUGGAUCAUUGUCGGUGAAGAUAGUAAUUCCAAAAAUUCUGCAUCAAAGGUAAGGGAUUUCUCGUUAUUUGGUAUUGUUUGCGCUGUCAUUUCAAUGUUCAUAUUCGUAUUCCAAAAUUUAUAUGGUAAAAAAGUUUUUACUUAUAGAUCAGAUCCAACUACUAUUUUACCAAAAGUUCAUAGCACAGAUUCCAUAAAAGAAAACUCCCCAUUUCCAAAUCAUACACCAGUGAAAGAAACAAAAUAUGAUAAGCUAACAUUAAUGAUUUAUAUAUCUACUGUGGGAUUCCUUCUAUCAUUUGGCUGGUUCUUACUAUUCGAAUUGCCAAUUGUUUUAGCAUAUUUAUCAGGUGAUAAGACUACAGUUAUAAAAGAUAUACCUUGGCAAUUGCUUUUACUAAAUGGUACAUUCCAUUUCAUGCAAGCAAUGAUAACUUUCCAUUUACUUGGUGAAUUAUCAACUUUAACUUACUCAAUUGCAAAUUUAAUGAAAAGAAUUGCCAUCAUUUCAGUAAGUUGGAUAUUUACUGGAAGGCAAAUAACAUUAAACCAAAUCUUUGGUCUACUAUUGAAUGCAUUUGGAUUAUUUCUCUAUGAAAGAUUAACAUCUAAUGGCAAGAAAUUGAUUCAUAAUAAAUGA